AUGACUCGUCAAGCCACAACGAAUAAAGUUUCUACAAAGGAAGAAGCACUCAAGCUUCUUGACCAAUAUGACCACUUCUUGUUUGACUGUGACGGUGUGAUUUGGCUUGGGCCCGAUAAGAUCGCUGGAGCCUCAGAGUUUAUUGAGCUCUUAAAGGAGAAGAACAAGUCAUAUGCUUUUGUCACCAAUAACUCGUCUGUGUCUAGAGAGACGUACUUGAAGAAGUUUGAGAAGUUGGGAUUCCCUGAUGUCAAUAAGGAUAAGAUAUUCCCUUCUUGUUACGCUGCUGCUCUUAUUCUUCAGAGAGACCUUAAGGUUCCUGAGGGAUCCAAAGUGUGGGUUCUUGGAGAUGAGGGAAUUGAGGAUGAGCUUAAAGAGGCAGGCUAUGUUCCAUUGGGCGGUAACGAUCCUGCGUUGGACGAUGAUUGGGACCCAGCUCACAGAUUGCUCCAGGUUGACGAGGGCGUGAAGGCAGUUGUCAUUGGCUCCACCAAGAAGUUGAACUACUUGCGUGUGGCUACGACGUUGCAGUAUCUUUUACACAACAACCGGUCGAUUCCAUUUAUCGGUACGAACAUUGAUAAGACGUAUCCUGGUCCGUUCGGCACCGUUUUGCCUGCUGGCGGGUCUUUCGUGAACUACAUGAGUUUCACAUCCAGCAGAGAUUUCAUUGACGUUGGCAAGCCCAGCUCGCUUCUUCUUGAUUCAAUCAUCAAACACUGUCAGUUUGACCGCAGCAAGACGUUGAUGUUUGGCGAUACUUUAUACACUGACAUUAAGUUUGGCAAUGACGGUAAGCUCGGUGGAGAGGCCGGCGGCUCGUUGCUUGUGCUUAGCGGCGGAACGUCACAAGAAGAAUUAGACGCUUUAGACAAUGGCGAUGCCUCGUUGGUGCCGCUGUACUACGUCGAGUCCGUCGGAAAGCUCGUGGACCUUAUCAACAAUUAG